AUGUCUCUCCAGCUAAUUGGCUUUGCUACUAUUGUAGCAGGUAUCCUUAUUUACAAGCUCUUUAAGAAGCCAACAAAAAGUGGGCCUUCAUUACCUCUGCCACCGGGGCCACGGCCAUGGCCCAUUGUGGGAAACUUGCCCCACAUGGGCCGUGCACCACAUCGCGCCCUCACGGCCUUGGCUCGCACCUAUGGGCCUCUCAUGCACCUUCGCUUGGGUGUUGUUGACGUGGUGGUGGCGGCUUCCGCUUCCGUCGCGGAGCAGUUCUUGAAGGUUCACGACGACAACUUCUCGAGCCGGCCAUUGAACUCGGCCGUUAAAUACUUGACCUAUAACAACCACGACCUUGCUUUUGCUACCUACGGUGCACGGUGGCGCUUGCUCCGGAAAAUAAGCUCCGUUCAUAUGCUCUCUGCCACCGCCGUGGAUGAUUUUAGACAUCUGCGAGAGGAAGAGGUGGCAAGAUUGGCAUGCAAUCUAGCAAGCUCAGGCUCUAAAGCAAUGAAGUUGGGACAACUACUGAAUGUUUGCAUCACUAACACGUUGUUGGAGAUAACGACGGGGCGACGAAUUUUCAACUAUAGCAAUGGUGAUUAUGAUCCGAAGGCAGUUGAGUUUAAGUCUAUGGUGCUUCAUAUUAUGGUAUUGCUUGGAGCUGUCAACAUCGGUGACUUCAUUCCUGCCUUGAAUUGUCUAGACCUCCAAGGAGUGCAAGCCAAGGCCAAGAAAUUACACGAAAGGCUUGAUGUAUUUUUAACUCGUAUUAUUCAGGAACACAAGAUUCUCAAGAGCCAGAAACACCGUGACUUGUUGAGUACAUUGCUAUUACUUAAAGAGGCUCCUGAGGAUGGAGAUAAACUCACUGAUAUAGAGAUCAAAGCAUUACUUUCGAACAUAUUUGUGGCUGGGGCAGACACAUCAACGAGCACCGUAGAGUGGGCAAUUGCUGAAUUGAUCAAGAACCCAAGAAUUAUGAUUCGUCUCCAACAAGAGUUAGACAAUGUUGUGGGACAAGAUAGGCUUGUGAGUGAAUUGGAUUUGCCCCAUCUUCCUUACUUGGAGGCUGUGGUGAAGGAAACAUUUCGUCUUCACCCACCAACCCCUCUUUCCCUCCCACGAGUUGCGGCUGAGAGCUGUGAAAUCUUUGGGUACCACAUCCCAAAAGGUGCAACUCUUUUGGUCAAUAUUUGGGCUAUAGGACGUGACCCCAAUGAAUGGCAUGACCCAUUAAAGUUCAUGCCUGAAAGGUUCCUCUCCGGUGGGAAAAAGGCUAAUGUUAAUAUUAAUGGCAAUGACUUUGAGGUUAUACCCUUUGGUAGUGGGCGUAGAAUAUGUGCUGGUAUGAACUUGGGCCAGAGGUUGGUUCAGUUGCUCGUUGGUACCUUGGCCCACGCAUUUAAUUACGAGAUGGAGAAUGGACUUAAGCCAGAUACCCUUAACAUGGAUGAAACUUACAGGUUCACCCUCCAAAGAACAGAGCCUCUUUCGGUACACCCUCACCCUAGGCUUUCACCAAACGUGUUCUCAUCAUCUUCCUGA